ACGGCUUUUCUACAGCCGUAUUUGAGGAGCCUACCAUGAGUAGCAGCAGUCAUUAGCCGUAAAACUUCUUGCAGGGGUUCUGUGGUACGAUAAUUAUUCAGAAAAGUGAAAGGAUACAACUAUAGCCAUGGCUGACGUGGAGCAAACUCCGACAGCCACUGAGGAAAUUCCGACCGACACAGUUAAAGAUGACGGCGGACCCAGCGAAAAAGAAGCCAACAAACCACCUAGUCCUAAACCAGAUACUGAAGUUGCCCCUCCUUUAGUUUCAGUUGACAAACCUGUCAAAGAUGAUGGCAAGAAAGAAGAGAAGAAGACGGUUAAAAAAGAGGAAGGCAAGAAAACAACUGCUGGCAAAGGUGGUGCUCAGAUGAAGCCUGCAAAGAAGAAUGUUGUAUUGUCUGGCGAGGCAAUGAAAGAAAUGCAGAAGCAGGCAAAAUUAUACAAGGAGGAGCGCAGAUUGACAAUGGAUGGCCGACACAACUACCUUUUCAAACAGUUGGCUGAUGCAACAGGACUAGAUGUGUCUGUAGCUGAGGAUUUUAUUCUCGGAGAUGAAAAGUUUGAUACAAUUGGUGACUUUUUGAGCGCCGGUGGAUCCAGAAAACUCAUGUUCUUCUAUCAGGAUAUGGCUCGGGAUCCCAGGACAGAUAACAUCAGUUCUGCUGGAGGUGCUAAUGUACAAAAACGACUCUUCAUCACAAAUGGAUCAACAGAGGGAUUAUGUGGAAUGUGUUUGUAUUUCCUGCGAACAACAGAAAAAGCCAUUACACUACAGAACAUCGCACAGGAAGUGAACUUUGGUGUUAUAGACUGCUCAGGGGGGCAAGUUCUUGUAGGAGUUGAAAAGUACUUCUCUAAAGUACUCCUGCCAUCCUUAAAAGGGCUUGAAAGCUGGGGAAAUUUAUCAGAGAGCAAGAAUGGAAACAACAACCAGGUUGCAGAUUUCUUAGAAGUUAUGGAGAAAUUUGUGAACAACCUGAUGGGAGCAGUGGCUAACAUGAAGGGGCAGGUAACACUUGCAGAAAAUGGUACCACCCCUCAACUGGACACCAUGAAAACUCCUGCAGAUUAUCAAGUAGCUGCAUCAAACACAGAGUUAGUGGAGAAACUUGAGGAGUUACUACUGGUGUGGUCUAAGCAGAUAGAGCAGGUGUUAGCAGAGAGUGAACAGAUGAGGAGGGAGGCAGAUGACAUUGGACCCACAGCUGAGCUGGCCUACUGGAAGUCACGUAUGGCCAAGUUCAACAACCUGCUUGAGCAGAUGAAGAGCCAGAGAUGUAAGGCUGUGGUUGGAAUUCUACAGGUAGCCAAGUCAAAGACACUCCGCAAAUGGAGGGAACUGGACUCUAGUAUUACUGAUGCUGCCAAUGAGGCAAAGGACAAUGUGAAGUUUCUAUACACAUUGGACAAGUUCUUUGGACCUCUGGUCAAGUGUAACCCUGCCUCAAUGGUGGAGCACAUCCCGAGUCUGAUGAAUGCUGUGAGGAUGAUCUACAGCAUAUCACAGUACUACAACACCUCUGAGAGGAUGACCUCUCUCUUUGUGAAGAUCACCAACCAGAUGAUCACAACCUGCAAAGCUUACAUCAAUAACGGUGUCUCUAAGAUUUGGGAUCACGCAAGAGUUGAUUUGCUGGAGAGAUUAGACAACUGUAUAAAACUGAACAAGGAGUACCAAAGACAGUUUCAGAAAACAAAAGAGAAGCUUAGACAAAACCCCAAAGAAAGGCAGUUUGAGUUCAGUGAAAACUACAUCUUUGGAAAGUUUGACACCUUCUGCAAACGCCUGGAGAAGAUUGCUGACAUGAUCAACACAAUGGAGAUGUUCUCUGGUUUGUCCGAUGUGAAGAUUGAAGGUAUUGAGAUGAUUGUUGCCAAGUACAAGACCAUCUCUGAAGUGACCAAGAAAAAGAACUAUGACGUGCUUGAUCACAGAAAGGGGGAGUUUGACCAGGACUACUCUGACUUCAGGAGUCAGAUUGACAGUCUUCGCUCCAUGAUACAGACAUUCAUGGAUGGCUGGUUCCAAAAAAGCCUGAGUACUGAGAAAGCCAUCGAGCUGAUGUCCAAGUUUGAGCGGAUCGGAGGCGCUCAGCUAGAUAUGAAUGACAAGUAUAGUAAGGUGCUGCUGAAUUACAGUCGGGACUUAGAGGCCAUUAGGAAACUGUACCAGAAACAGAAAAAUGAGCCAGUCAUUCCCCGCAACUUGCCACCCAUCGCCGGGAAGAUAGCCUGGACCAGGCAACUGUACAGAAAAAUUGAAAAUCCCAUGAAAGUCUUCAAAACCAAACCGGAAAUUCUCAAGAGUUCUGAAGCAAUGAAGAUCAUUCGCAAUUACAACAAAAUGGCAGGUGUUCUGCUGGAAUUUGAGAUGCUGUACCACAGGGGCUGGUACCGUGCAGCAGAUUCAGCAAAGAGUGGCCUCCAUGCUUCACUGAUUGUCCGUCAUCCAGACACAAAAGAUCUCUAUGUGAACUUUGACCCCCAAAUCAUUGAGUUGAUUCAGGAAGCCAAGUGUCUGAGCAUGAUGCACCUAGAAAUACCAGAAACCAUCAAAGAUUUGAUCAUGGCUGAUGAUCGCAUCCAGCAGAAUAAUGUGGCGUUGACAGAGAUGCUGAAGGACUAUCGUCGUAUUGUGGAUGCCAUUCCCCCUGUGUUACUUCCCUUGAUGAAGCCCUUCUGCAGACGUGUGGACGAUGCCAUUAAGCCUGGGCUGGACAGUUUAACCUGGACGUCACUCAACAUUCAUGGCUACAUCCAGAAAUGCUAUGACAGAAUGGAGGAACUGGAAAGGUUGUCCAAACAAGUGAAAGACAUAUUGGAUUGUCGUAUUGAGGCUGUUCUUAAUGAUAUGUCUGUCACUGCACUCUGUGACCUCCCUGAGGAUGAACCAGUCACCAUGGAGAAGUUCCUCUCCAUGACAACCGAUGUGGUUAACCAGGCUGCUGUAACUUUAGCCAUGCAGAGUCAGCUGGUGGAGAAGGCUGUCAAUGAGCUGGUGGGUACCCUGAGGUCCAGACUGAAGCCCAGUGAGAGCGUUAACCUCACUGCUGAGGAGGCCUAUACCUGUCUGUUCCCUGACCACAAACACAAGAAAGCCAGGUGUCAGGAGUGUCAACCCUGCUGUUAUUAUGCACUGCUCAACCACUUCACACUGAGAAACUCAGAGGCAUUGGUCAAGAGUACACGGUUAUCACUGGAUGCCAUUAAACGCCGCCUCCAGACCUCCAACAAGUACACAAUAGACAAUGCUAAAGAGGAGCCCAAGCCCCCACUCUUCUGUGCUGACAUCAUCCUGGCCAUACCCAAUGUCAUCAUGAAACCCAGCCUGGACGACAUCCAGCAGUCACUGAACAAGGCUGUACAGAUCAUCCUCAAGAUGUCACAAGCCAUUCCACAAUGGGAGCACUUUGUUUUACAACAGAAACAGCAGCAGAAGGAGAUGGAGCAGCUGACACAGGACCAGGGUGACGAUGCGGCCAAGAUCAUGCCCACAUCAUCGCUCAAACCUCUACAUAAGAUCAUCAGUGAGCACAAGGACGUAGUGAAGAUCGUCAUUCAGCUCAACUCCAUCAUCAGUACCUUUAAGGUGGACAUACAGGGUGUGCUAGACCAGUUCACCAAGUAUUCAGAGCUCUGGACACAGGACCCAGAGGAGCAGGUGAAAGCAUUCAUGUCCGCGGACCCUCCACCAAUCCUAUCCGAGUAUGAUGCUCAGAUCAAAUACUACCAGAAACUGGAGACAGAUGUUGAGGAGUUGUUACCCAGUGUACGGGUGGGCUCAGUCCUCUUUAUGACAGACUCUCUGAAGCUGGCCCUUCUCCAGGAGACUAAAAGCUGGAAAUUGGCUUAUGCCCGCGCCCUUAAUGAGAAGUGUGGCCGAGAAAUGGACCAGAUGGCCGAGUUCAUCGACAGCUUGACCAAGCGCCUGUCACGCCCGGUCAAGGAUCUGGAUGAUGUGCGCUCACACAUGGCCGCCUUGGCAGAGAUCCGUGAGGCAGAGAUCCGUAUUGACAUGACCAUAACUCCCAUUGAGGAGACAUAUGCCAUGCUGAAUAGGUUCAAUCUGACUUUCAAUGAUGGGAAUGCUGAGAGAGUAGACUCUGUGUCCUACAGCUGGAAGAAACUCUCAGCUCAGUCUCUACAAGUCCAGAAUCACCUAUUGGAAAUCCAGCCCGAGUUCAAGUCUGACCUGUUGGCAGGUGUCCAACAGUUUAUCGUCAGUGUGGAUGAAUAUGUGGAAGAUUACAACAGCAAGGGUCCAAUGGCACCUGGCAUCUUGCCUCGUGAGGCAUCAGACAGGCUGAAUAUCUAUCAGGCCAAGUUUGAUGAGCUGUGGCGUAAGUACCAGACCUACAGCGGUGGAGAGGAGCUGUUUGGACUGCCCAUGACAGAGUACCCAGAGCUUCAGAGAAUCCGCAAGGAGUUGAACCUUCUGCAGAAACUCUACCAACUCUACAACGUUGUGCUAGAGACUGUCAAUGGCUACUACGACAUCCCCUGGUCAGAUAUCGACAUUGAGAAGAUCAAUGGGGAGCUGCUGGACUUCCAGAACAAAUGUCGAAAAUUACCAAAAGCCCUAAAGGAGUGGCAGGCGUUUGAAGAUCUGCGCAAGACAAUAGACGACUUCAAUGAGACCUGUCCCCUCCUGGAGAUGAUGGCGAACAAGGCUAUGCAGGCCCGGCAUUGGGAGAGGAUCUCUCAGGUCACUGGUCAUAAGUUUGAGGUCGAGUCUGACAACUUCUUGCUGCGUAACCUCAUGGAGGCGCCACUGCUGCCCAACAAGGAAGAUAUUGAGGAUAUCUGCAUAUCAGCUGUGAAGGAGAAGGAUAUCGAGGCCAAGCUGAAGCAGGUUGUCAAUGACUGGAGUAUCCAGACCUUCCAAUUUGCCCCCUUCAAGACAAGGGGAGAGCUCUUGCUCAAGGGUGACACCACCUCAGAGACAGUAGCCUUAAUGGAAGACAGCUUAAUGAUUCUGGGCUCUUUGAUGAGCAACAGGUACAACGCCCCGUUCAAGCCGCGUAUCCAGGAGUGGGUACAGAAACUGACGGGGACAACAGAGAUCAUAGAGAACUGGUUAGUCGUGCAGAAUCUCUGGAUCUACCUGGAAGCUGUCUUUGUGGGUGGUGACAUCGCUAAGCAACUGCCCCAGGAAGCCAAGCGCUUCAGUAACAUUGACAAGUCAUGGAUGAAGAUCAUGCAGCGAGCCCAUGAGAUGAUGAACGUGGUUCAGUGCUGUGUAGGGGAUGAUACCCUCAGCCAGCUGCUGCCUCACCUGUUAGAACAGCUAGAGAUCUGUCAGAAGUCCCUGACAGGCUACCUGGAGAAGAAGAGGCUGGUAUUCCCCAGGUUCUUCUUUGUGUCUGAUCCUGCUCUACUGGAGAUCCUGGGUCAGGCCAGUGACUCUCAUACUAUACAGGCUCACCUGUUGAAUGUGUUUGACAACACAAAGUCAGUGGUGUUUGAUGAGAAGGUGUAUGACAAGAUUCUGGCUGUGACAUCUUCUGAGGGAGAGACAGUUCACCUGGAAGAGCCUGUUAUGGCUCAGGGCAAUGUGGAGGUGUGGCUGGGAGACCUGCUAAAGAUGUCCAAGAAAUCCCUCCACUCGGUCAUCAAGACUGCUUACCUGACGAUCCAGGACCCUCAGUUCAAACUGUUGGAGUUUGAGAACACCUUCCCCUCCCAGGUGGGGCUGCUGGGAAUACAGAUGAUCUGGACUAGAGAUUCAGAGGAGGCUCUGACAAAUGCCAGAGUAGAUAAGAAAAUUAUGCAGGCAACCAAUCAGAAGUUCUCAGACAUUUUGAAUGAGAUGAUUGACGUCACAACCAUGGAACUGACAAAGAUGGAGAGGACCAAGUAUGAAACUCUCAUCACAAUCCAUGUCCAUCAGAAGGAUAUCUUUGAGGAUUUGGUGAAAAUGCACAUCAAGUCACCACAGGACUUUGAGUGGCUUAAACAGACCAGGUUCUACUUCAAGGAAGAUGAGGACAAAUGUCUGAUCUCCAUCACAGAUGUUGACUUCCUCUAUCAGAUGGAGUUCCUGGGGUGUACAGACAGAUUGGUCAUCACUCCACUCACUGACAGGUGUUACAUCACGUUAUCUCAGGCGCUGGGUAUGUCCCUGGGGGGUGCCCCAGCUGGCCCUGCCGGGACAGGUAAGACAGAGACCACCAAGGACAUGGGCAGGUGUCUUGGCAAAUAUGUGGUCGUCUUCAACUGUUCUGAUCAGAUGGACUACAGAGGUCUGGGCCGUAUCUACAAAGGUUUGGCUCAGUCUGGCUCCUGGGGUUGUUUUGAUGAGUUCAAUCGUAUUGAGCUGCCCGUGUUGUCUGUGGCUGCCCAGCAGAUUGCCAUUGUACUCAGCUGUAAGAAGGAGAGGAAGCCAGAGUUCAUCUUCACAGAUGGAGAUCUGGUUGACAUGGACCCAGAGUUUGGAAUCUUCUUGACAAUGAACCCAGGUUAUGCUGGUCGUCAGGAGUUGCCAGAGAACUUGAAGAUCAACUUCCGUACUGUGGCUAUGAUGGUCCCUGACAGACAGAUCAUUAUUCGUGUCAAACUGGCCAGCUGUGGUUUCCAGCAGAACGUCGUUCUCUCCAAAAAGUUUUACAUCUUGUACAAACUUUGCGAGGAACAGUUGACGAAGCAGGUCCAUUAUGAUUUUGGUCUGCGUAACAUCUUGUCUGUGUUGAGAACCCUUGGAGCGUUCAAACGUUCCAACCCUCAGGAGGGCGAGCCAACCAUCGUGAUGAGAGUUCUAAGGGACAUGAAUCUCUCCAAGCUGAUUGAUGAGGAUGAGCCUCUGUUCAUGUCUCUGAUUGAUGACUUGUUCCCUGGCAUGCAGCUUGACAAGGCUGGUUACCCAGAGAUAGAAGCAGCCAUUCAGAAGCAGGUGGAAGUUGGGAACUUGAUUCACCACGACCCAUGGGUGUUGAAGCUGAUCCAACUAUACGAGACGCAGAACGUGCGUCACGGAAUGAUGACCCUGGGGCCCAGCGGGGCAGGGAAAACAUGCUGUAUCCACACCUUGAUGAAGGCGAUGACAGACUGCGGCAAAGUUCACAAGGAAAUGAGGAUGAACCCUAAGGCUAUCACAGCCCCACAGAUGUUUGGCCGACUCGAUGUGGCCACCAACGACUGGACAGAUGGUAUCUUCUCCACGCUGUGGAGGAAAACACUCAAGGCCAAGAAGACUGACCACAUCUGGAUUGUCCUGGACGGCCCAGUUGACGCCAUCUGGAUUGAGAACUUGAACUCCGUACUGGAUGACAACAAGACUCUGACCUUGGCUAAUGGUGAUCGUAUCACAAUGGCUCCCAACUGUAAGAUCAUCUUUGAGGUGCACAACAUUGAUAAUGCCUCCCCAGCCACGGUGUCCAGGAACGGUAUGGUCUUCAUGAGCAGCUCUAUCCUGGACUGGAAGCCCAUCCUCCUGGGCUGGUUGUUGCACAGACCAAACCAGAAGGACAUCAUUCUCAAUGCAUUUGAGUCCAUUUUCCCAGACCUACAGAGAUUUGUGAAACAGAGUUUGGAACCGAAGAUGCAGUCCCUGGACUGUAAUGACAUUCGUCAGGCUAUAGACCUCCUAGAUGGUCUAAUCCCCGGGGGAGAGGAGAGCAAGGACAUCCCUAAGGACCACAUGGAGAGACUCAUCGUCUUCGCCAUCAUGUGGUCUCUUGGUGCCCUGCUGGAAUUGGCUGACAGAAAGAAGAUGGAAGCAUUCAUGGUGGAGAAUUGUAAACUACCCUUACCAUCGGUGACAGGAGAGGACACCAUCUUUGAGUAUGUGGUUGGAGAAAAUGGUCAGUGGGAGCACUGGAACAACAGGGUGGCAGACUAUGAGUACCCUACCGAUUCCACCCCUGAGUACACAUCUAUCCUUGUGCCUAAUGUAGACAAUGUGAGGACAGACUUCCUGAUGCAUACCAUUGCCAAACAGUCUAAGGCUGUCCUUCUUAUUGGUGAACAGGGUACAGCCAAGACAGUCAUGGUGAAGGGUUACUGUGGUAAGAUGGACCCAGAGGCACACCUGUUCAAGAGCCUCAACUUCUCCAGUGCAACCACACCCAUGAUGUUCCAGAGAACCAUAGAGAGCUAUGUGGACAAAAGAAUGGGAACAACCUACGGCCCCCCUGCUGGUAAAAAGAUGACUGUGUUUGUGGAUGACAUCAACAUGCCCAUUAUUAAUGAGUGGGGGGAUCAGAUCACUAAUGAGAUUGUGCGUCAGAUGAUGGAGAACAAUGGCUUUUAUAACCUGGAGAAGCCGGGAGAGUUCACAACCAUUGUGGACAUCCAGCUGAUUGCAGCCAUGAUCCACCCUGGGGGAGGCCGUAACGACAUCCCACAGAGACUGAAGAGGAAGUUCAACAUCUUCAACUGCACCCUUCCAUCAAAUAUGUCCAUUGACAAGAUUUUCAUGACGGUCGGACAGGGCCAUUUCUGUAAGGAACGUGGGUUCACCAGUGAUGUCAUAGACAUGGUGUCUAACCUUGUGCCUGCUACCAGGAAACUGUGGCAGAGGACAAAGGUCAAGAUGUUGCCCACUCCGGCCAAGUUCCACUAUGUGUUCAACUUGAGAGAUCUCAGUAGAAUCUGGCAGGGCAUGUUGAACACGACCUCAGAAGUGAUAUGUAACACUGAUGUGAUGAUGGCAUUGUGGAAGCAUGAGUGUACAAGAGUCAUUGCUGAUAGGUUCACGGAGAUCACAGACAAGGACUGGUUUGAGAAGACCAUUAAACAGGUGGCCGAGGAAGACACAGGCUCGGCAGUAGCUAAUGCCAUGGCUGAUGAACCAUACUUCGUAGAUUUCCUCCGUGACCCUCCAGAACCUACAGGUGAGGAGCCUGAGGAUGCUGACUUGGAAGCCCCAAAGAUCUAUGAGCCGAUUGCCUCAUUCGAGUCUUUAUCUGAGAGGUUGAAAGGCUUCAUGGAUCAGUACAAUGAGACAGUCAGGGGAGCCAAAAUGGACCUGGUGUUCUUCAAGGAUGCCAUGACCCAUCUGGUGAAGAUAUCCCGUGUGAUACGCACUCCAGGAGGUCACAGUUUACUGGUGGGCGUUGGUGGUUCAGGUAAACAGAGCUUGACUCGCCUGGCCACCUUCAUCGCAGGAUACAAGGUGUUCCAAAUCACACUGUCCAGGACGUACAAUGUGAGCAAUCUGCUGGAGGACCUGAAGCACCUGUACAGGACCGCAGGUCAGCAGGGACAGGGCAUUACCUUCCUCUUCACAGAUAACGAGAUCAAAGAUGAAGGCUUCUUGGAGUACCUCAACAACAUGCUGGCUUCAGGAGAGGUGUCCAACUUGUUUGCCAGAGAUGAACAGGAUGAGAUUCUGAUGGAACUGGUAGCAGUCAUGAAGAAAGAGUUUCCAAGGCGACCACCGACCAAUGAGAAUCUAUACGAGUAUUACAUGGGCCGAGUGAGGCGUAACCUUCAUGUGGUGCUGUGUUUCUCUCCGGUUGGUGAGAAGUUCCGUAACCGCUCUCUCAAGUUUCCCGCGCUCUUCUCCGGCUGUACCAUGGACUGGUUCCAGCGCUGGCCCAAAGACGCCCUGGUGGCUGUGUCCAAUCACUUUCUGGCCAACUACGACAUCUCCUGUACCCCAGCAGUCAAGCAAUCCUUGGUCAAUGUCAUUGGAAUGUUCCAGGACAUGGUGUCUGAGUUUUGCGUAGAUUAUUUCCAGCGGUUCAGGAGACAGACUCAUGUCACCCCCAAGUCUUACCUGUCCUUCCUGACAGGUUACAAGGCCAUCUAUACUGAGAAGAAGGAUGAGAUCGGAGUGCUGGCCAAUAGGAUGAAUACAGGUCUGAAGAAACUUGUGGAGGCAACAGAAUCUGUGAAUGAGCUUUCAAAGGAGUUAGCUGUAAAGGAGAAGGAAUUGGCUGUGGCAUCUAAAAAAGCUGACCAAGUGUUGGCUGAGGUGACAGUCAGUGCUCAGGCUGCUGAAAAGGUCAAGGCUCAAGUCCAGACGGUCAAGGAUAAAGCUCAGGCCAUUGUUGAUUCCAUUUCUGUUGACAAAGCUGCAGCAGAAACCAAACUAGAGGCAGCUAAACCUGCCCUGGAGGAGGCUGAGUUAGCCCUACAGACCAUCAAACCAGCUCACAUAUCCACAGUGCGUAAGCUGGCCAAGCCACCUCACCUGAUUAUGAGGAUCAUGGACUGCGUCCUGCUGUUGUUCCAGCGUAAACUGGACACUGUGACAGCAGACCCGGAGAGGCCCUGCCCCAAGCCCUCUUGGAGUGAGGCUAUGAAACUGAUGAGCGGCUCAAACUUCUUACAGGGUCUGCUAACUUUCUCCAAGGACACUAUCAAUGCUGAGACAGUGGAGCUGCUGGAACCUUACUUGAAUAUGGAGGAUUAUAACACGGAUACGGCCAAGAAAGUGUGCGGUGAUGUAGCCGGGUUAUGCUCCUGGAGUACUGCUAUGUAUUUCUUUUACGGCAUCAACAAGGAGGUGUUGCCUCUGAAGGCUAACCUGGCAGUCCAGGAGGCCCGUCUCAAUGCUGCCAUGACAGAUCUCAAUGAUGCUCAGGCCAAGCUGGAUGACAAACAGAAGGAGUUGGACUUGGUACAAGCCCAGUAUGAUGCGGCAAUGUCUGAAAAACAGGCUUUAUUGGAUGAUGCAGAAGCAUGUAGACGCAAGAUGACAAACGCAACAGCGCUGAUCGAGGGUCUGUCAGGGGAGAAGGUGAGGUGGACAGAGGCCAGCCGGGGAUUUGAGGCACAGAUCCAGAAGCUGGUGGGAGAUGUCCUGCUGGCCACCGGCUUUCUCUCCUAUGCUGGACCCUUUAACCAGGAGUUCCGUGCUCUCAUGAUCAAGGGUUGGAAGAAGGAGAUGUCCAUAGCGAGGAUUCCAUUCAGUGAGGACUUAAACAUUGUUGCUAUGCUGGUGGACAAUGCGACGAUUGGAGAAUGGAACCUACAGGGUUUGCCCAAUGAUGAGUUGUCCAUUCAGAAUGGUUUGAUUGUAAACAAGGCAGCACGCUUCCCUCUGCUUAUCGACCCACAGGGACAGGGUAAAGCCUGGAUCAAAAACAGGGAGAAAGAUAGAGAAUUACAGACGACCUCCCUGAACCACAAGUACUUCCGUCAGCACCUGGAAGAUGCCCUUUCCCUUGGGCGUCCUCUGCUCAUAGAGGAUGUCGGAGAGGAGUUGGAUCCGGCCCUGGACAAUGUGCUAGAGAAAAACUUCAUCAAAUCUGGCUCAACUUUCAAGGUGAAGGUAGGAGACAAAGAGGUGGAUGUGAUGUCUGGGUUUUUACUGUACAUCACCACAAAGCUGGGUAACCCAGCGUACACCCCUGAGAUUUCAGCCAGGACAUCAAUCAUUGACUUCACAGUCACCAUGAAGGGGCUGGAGGAUCAGCUGCUGGGCGUGGUCAUCCUCACAGAGAAACAGGAGCUAGAGGCUGAGCGUGUUAACCUGAUGGAGGAGGUGACCAGUAACAAGAGGAAGAUGCAGGAGCUAGAGGACAACCUGCUGUAUAGGCUGACCAGUACAGAGGGCUCCCUGGUAGAGGAUGAGUCCCUCAUAGAGGUCCUGAGGACCACCAAGUCCACAGCGCAGGAUGUCAGCGAAAAACUGGCCAUCGCUGCAGAAACAGAACUCAAGAUCAACUCAGCACGAGAAGAAUUCCGACCAGUGGCAUCUCGGGGCAGUAUCCUGUAUUUCUUGAUCGUGGAGAUGAGCAUGGUAAAUAUGAUGUACCAGACCUCCCUCAAACAGUUCCUGGGGCUCUUCGACCUGUCCAUGGCCAAGUCUGUGAAGUCCCCCAUCACAGGCAAACGUAUCAACAACAUCAUAGAGUAUCUGACAUUUGAAGUGUUCAGGUACACUGCCAGAGGCCUGUAUGAGAAUGACAAGUUCCUCUUCACCAUUCUCAUGACGCUGAAGAUUGAGAUCGCUGGAGGCAGAGUAAGGCAUGAUGAGUUCCAAGUCUUCAUCAAGGGUGGAGCUGCCCUGGACCUGAAUGCUGUAGAGCCCAAACCUAAGAAGUGGAUCUCUGACAUGACCUGGCUGAACCUGGUAGAGCUGAGCAAGCUGCCCCAGUUCACACAGAUCCUGGGACAGGUCAGCAGGAACGAUAAGGCGUGGAAGGCCUGGUUUGACGAGGAUGCCCCUGAAGAUGCCCCUAUCCCCGACGGUUACAGCACUGGACUGGACACCUUCCGUAAGCUGCUCCUACUGAGGUCCUGGUGUCCUGACAGGACAAUUCCCAUGGCCCGUGUCUAUGUGGCAGAAGCUAUGGGGGUUAGGUUUGCUGAGGCUGUGAUCCUUGACUUGGAAGCCAUGGCAGAAGAGAGUAACAGCCGAACUCCCAACAUCUGUUUCUUAUCCAUGGGGUCUGAUCCCACUGACAACAUUGAACGACUUGCCAAAAAGUUAAACACAAAGUGUGGAGCAAUCUCUAUGGGUCAGGGACAGGAAGUGCACGCUCGACGUCUCCUCCAGGUGUCCCAGGCUGAGGGGCGCUGGAUCCUGCUGCAGAAUUGUCACUUGGGUCUGGACUUCAUGGAUGAACUCUUGGAAUCGGUAACCACAGCUGAGAAUGUCCAUGACAACUUCCGCUGCUGGCUGACUACUGAGCCCCACCCUAAGUUCCCCAUCAACCUGCUGCAGUCUGCCAUCAAGUUCACCAAUGAACCUCCACAGGGAGUGAAGGCAGGUCUGCGAAGAACCUAUGCUGGAAUAUCACAGGACCAACUGGACAUCAGUAACCUGAUGAUGUGGAAACCUAUGCUGUAUGCCGUGGCCUUCCUUCACACCACAGUACAAGAAAGGAGGAAGUUUGGGCCCAUUGGCUGGAACAUCCCGUAUGAGUUCAACCAGUCUGAUCUGACGUCCACAGUACAGUUCAUACAGAAUCACCUGGAUGACCUAGACCCCAAGAAGGGCGUGUCCUGGACGACGGUGAGGUACAUGAUUGGUGAAGUACAGUAUGGAGGUCGUGUCACAGAUGACUAUGACAAACGACUCCUCAACACUUACUCUAAGGUCUGGUUUAGUGAGCAGAUGUUCCAGGAGAGCUUCCAGUUCUACACAGGCUACAAGAUCCCCAAAUGUAAGACUGUGGUUGAGUAUAGAGAUUACAUUGACACCCUCCCAUUGGUGGAUUCCCCAGAAUGCUUCGGUCUCCACCCUAAUGCUGACAUCACCUACCAGACAAACACCGCUAACGGUAUGUUACAAACCAUUGUGAGCAUCCAGCCUAAAGACACUGCCGGAGGAUCAGGAGAGACCAGGGAAAGUGUGGUCUACAAACUGGCUGAUGACAUGUUAGAUAAACUUCCUGAUGACUAUGUACCCCAUGAGGUGAAAGAACGCCUGAGGAAGAUGGGUCACCUUGCCCCUCUGAACAUUUUCCUGAAACAAGAGAUCGACCGUAUGCAGAAAGUCCUCACGGCUGUGCGCACUACUCUGACUGACCUCAAACUGGCUAUCGAUGGUACAAUCAUCAUGAGUGAGAACCUCCGUGAUGCACUGGAUAACAUGUUUGACGCCCGAGUACCCACUCUGUGGAAAAAGGUUUCCUGGGAAUCUGCCACCCUGGGCUUCUGGUUCACAGACCUGCUGGAGCGUAACACCCAGUUUUACGCCUGGGUGUUUGAAGGUAGACCCACCACCUUCUGGAUGACCGGAUUCUUCAACCCUCAGGGUUUCCUGACUGCCAUGAGACAGGAGAUCACCAGGAACCACAAAGGUUGGGCUCUGGACACAGUAGUACUCAUGAAUGAGGUGACUAGGAUGAUGAAGGAAGAUGUGAACACACCUCCUGGAGAGGGUGUAUAUGUGUACGGCCUGUACCUGGAUGGGGCUGGCUGGGACAGGAGAAACUGUCGGCUGAUUGAACCCUCACCCAAGGUCCUCUACACAAACAUACCAGUCGUGCACAUCUUUGCAAUCAACACGGAGCAGCCUAAGACAGCCAACUAUUACGAGUGCCCUGUGUACAAGAAACCAAGACGUACGGACCUGACGUACAUCUUCCCACUGCUGCUGAAGACCAACAAAAACCCAGAUCACUGGAUCCUGAGGGGCGUGGCUCUUCUUUGUGACACGAAGUAAACAGACACCUGAAUGCUACACCAGCUCUCUUGUCGUAUUCAUAGCAAAUAGGCUGGCAAAAAUGUUGACUUGUUUUACGCUGAGCCAUGUUGUCUGCAGUGGAAGAAUGUUAUAACUUAUCAUCGAUAUCAAGAAUAAUGGUCGUUUGUGGAAUACAGUGCUUGUGCUUCAGAAUUUCUGUAUUCCGUUUUACUUGAAGUCUGCAUAUUUAUGCAUAAUUAUUUCGUACAGUAUUAUCGCAUAUAAAAAGUGUUAAAAUUUGAAAUUGAAUUAUAAAACAGUGUGAAAAUCUGCGACGUGGAAAACUUUGGUAUGAGAUUAUGAAAACAUUUGAUGUGGUUAUAGUCAGAAAUUUUUUUACAUAUAUUCGUACAUAAUCAGAUUGUCUGUCUGAGUUUGUAUCCGUCCAGUGUUGUGAUUUCAAGAUAAAAGAUUGUUAUAGUUUUUGAAUCAGAGAAAUAUUUAUAUGGCUACACAUUAAAGUGCAUAUUGAUCUGUGAUAAGUUGGGUUGAUUUACAUGUAAUUUACUGUAUAAUAUACUUCAUCCUGUUUGAUUUUGAUACCACAGUAUUUAUGGUGCAUUACACAUGCCGUUUAUAUGUAUUUUGUAUACAGUGUAUAUAGCAACCUAUUCAUAAAUAUAUACACACACACACGAAAGUAUCAACAAUAUGAUUAAAAUAAUUUUUCAUACAUAUGUUACAAAUGCUUUAUAGAAUUUUUUUUAUUUCCUCUUUGUUUAUUGUUUUCCCUUAUCAUUGAAGUAGGUGUUAUAUAAAACUUACAUGUACCCGGUGUACAGUGUUGAAGUGACAAUACUAUUUUGUAUCACAUAUACCUGCUUGAAAACUAACAGUUUUGUUGUGCUCAAGCUUUGUGCAAUUGGCAAUAAAAAAUAUCAUAUCAUAUAUACAAAGACUUACCUCAUUGUGAAUAUUUAGAAAUCUAAAGUUUGUGCCCAUUUUGGUUGAUUUUAACAGACAGUAAGGCGUGAAUUUGAGGCCAUUUGA